GCCUCUUCUCAUGCAGUCAAGCGCUACGGAAAGUCUCCCUAAUGCUGCACAUCAGUUCAGAAAAUGAGUAUUGUCGUUUCAGGUGCUGAAGUGCUGGAGGCUAGAGAAGACAUCGUCUUUGGCCCAGCCAAAAGAUUCACCGCACAAGAGCUUACGAAGGAGUCACAGGCUAACGUCGUCAUUGCUGGUGCCAAGCGGUUCACUGCCGAAGAGUUGACCGAGGAAUCUAAAGCUUCCGUCGUAUUUGGUGCUGCCAAGCGAUUUGGUGCCGAAGAGCUACGUGAGGAAGCCAAAGCAAACGUAGUGAUAGCUGGCGCAAAACGAUUGACUUCUGAAAGACUGACUAACGAGGCCAAAGGGAACGUAGUCAUUGCAGGAGCUAAACGAUUCACUGCUGAGGAGCUGCAAAACGAAUCGAGAGCAAAUGUAGUAAUUGCCGCAGCUUGACCGAAAAUACCAUCACGCUUCUAACAUCGAUAUAUACCUAACUUUGGCUGAAAAGAGGUUGUAAGUGUGCUCAACUACGUCUCACUACAAUGCGAACUUACCGCGUUACGCGCAGAUGAUCAAUGUUCUAGUUGCGUUAUCCCAUAGAGAUUUGGCUUCUCGCCAUAUCCUUCCAUUCGGUUCCUCUCACAUCCAUGACUGACGGCUCAACGUUGCAUCGUUCAUCACCAUAAGUGUGCAUAGUAUGUUAAGUGCCAGUGAGAAAAUAUUUCCAACAAUAGGCACCACCGAAAAGCCAUGUGUUCCGGAUUCCGGUGUACAUGUAGAUGUAAAUGAAAACAGACAGUGACC